CGGUGGGUGACCUCCCACAACAUACUGUACGACCGCAUCUUCCCACCUACGCAAGGUGCAAGCAGCUGCCUCAACGUCCUCGUAUAUCUGCAUUUCUGUGUCUUCGAAACCCGUGUCCAACUCCAGUUUGCUUCUUGACGUUUGCAUCAGAGCAAACGACACAUUCCCACAACCUGAGAAACUGUUCGCCGACCAGCACGACACAACGGACUUUUCCCCACAUCCCCUACUAUGGACAAGCCUGCCGCGGCCAACGGAGACAUUGCCAACCAAACAGCAAACUCCGACGCUGCCGCCGCCUCGUCGUCGUCUAUCCUUGUCGCCCGGCCCAUUGCCACUUGUGACAACUGGACAGUGAGGUCUGCGACGCCCUCGCCUUCGAGUUCGCCGCCGCGUACUGCCGCUUCUGCUGCUGCUGGGAAUAAGGGGAAGAAAGGGAUUUUCGCGAACGGGAAGGAUCACAAACAGAACGACAACCAUAACGACAACCACGUACCGAUGGAGGUGGACGCUCCUGAUCAUGCUGUCGGCGUCGGAGCGAGGGAGGUAGAUGUCCGCGCAGCAGCGACACAACACAAACAGACGGCAGUCAAAACCGAAGCUAGGCCUGCGCCGUCGAAAGUAGCGCCCGCCGAACCCGUACGUCUGGAGGACAUCCUCGACGGCGGCGUCGAGCAGCUGCACACGGGCAACUCGGACGAGGACGGCGACUCAUCCUCCGCCGAGUCGCACGACGCCGAGCCGGUGCAGGGCGGCAGCGGCUCGCGGAACGGGGGCAACAAGAAGAAGAAGCCGGCGCCGGCGCCGCAGGGGUACUGCGUCGAGUGCGAGGAUCAGCCGGCAGUGGUGUUCUGCGAGCAGUGCGCCGAUGAUUACUGCGAUGUGUGUUUCCACUCGCAGCAUAGGAAGGGGAAUCGGAAAAAGCAUACGAGUAAGGCGUUGGUGACGCCCGUGUCGCAGAAGAAGCAGAAGAGGGGCAAAUCGGGGAGGAGUACGCCCGAGGAAACGGCUACCACAACAGAAGGGGUGGCGGGAGCAGACGACUGGAAACUCCUCGAAGCUCAGCCGACAGGCAAGCGGCCGGUUGGCGACUGGUUCCUUGAGCGCUCAAAGUACAUCCCUGUGCGUCUCAGCCUCGAAGAACGCAAGUUCCUGCGGCUCCUCGAAGCAGGUCUGAGCGUUUCUGAGUAUACGGAUAAGAUCGACAUCUUGACGUAUGGAAACAAGAGCAAGCGGAUCGUUGCGCAGAUCAAAGAGUUGUGUGCGAUCUUGUCGGGGCUGGUGCUUGCUGCGGAUUAUAAGGUCGGGCAGGACCUAUUCCAGGACAGGGAUUUCGAGAACAACAAAGCUUUCUUCCAGGAGAUCUUCGAGCUCGGCCGCCGACACAAGAUCAUGAACCCCGAGAAAAUGAGGGCAACUUACGGCAAGCUCGUCUACAUGCUCCAAGACUCCCAAAUCCCCGAAGUCCGCGAAAUGCUUCAGUUCGCCUGCGUCAAACCCGUCAAAACCGUAUACACCCUCCUCUCCUCGACCAAGAACGGCCUCGCCCUCCUCCAAGAUGACCUGAUCUCCAUCGCGACGCAGGAAAUCACCUCCGACGGCCGCAGCCGACACCAAGUGCAGGCCGACAUCAAACUCAAAGAACGCGCCAUCGAGCAGCUUGCACGGAAAUACGCCGCGAAUGACCUGAAACCCGACCAGAUCCGUCAAUGUCUGUACUCCAUUGGCGACAACCACGCCUUCUUGCGAGUCAACCGCGACCCUUGCGAUAAGAUGAUCGAGUACCUCCAAACCUAUUUCCGCGAAGACGCCAUGGAAGACAAGUUCUCGCUCGCCAUCCGCGCUGGCCGCGGCGGCGCGCGUCUCUCGCACGACCACUCCAAGCAAUACCAUUACGUGCUGCAGUCGCUCACCUUGUGGAGGGAAAUCAUGCACGAUAUGUUCAUGGUGUGGUCGUUGGCUGAACAGGAUCUGCUUGCGGAGGGGAACAUGUACAGGUUGAGGGAUACAGGUCAGGGUUUGAACCGUGUGCAGGCUGCGCCGAAGGUGUCGAGGAUCAUGCAUACGAUUCUGCAUCGCGCGCAGAAGAAGGUUGGGUAUUGGGUCGGGUCGUCUGUCAUCCAUUUGGGUGAUCACAACGUCCCCAACGCCCUCAUGUUCAUCGACAAAUACACGCAAAUCUACCGCAUCCUCCUGCCCAUCGUCAACUGCCUCUCGCAGAUCGCUGCCGUGCGCGAGCGCGACGCAGGCAUCCGCGCGUACGUCGACGGCGAGUUUGGCGGGACCGAGAUGCUUGUCAAGACGAUUCUUGCGGAUUUCUUCAGGCAUGCGUUCGAUGGGAGUGGGGCUGAUAACUUCUUUGAUGCUGGCUCAUGUAUCGAUGGCCGUCUCACCUCGGCAUGGAACUGGUGCUCGACCCUCGAAAAGAAGAAGUACUUCCCCAUCUUCUUGCUUACCGGUUUCGUCGGGUUCGACGGACAGUGGUAGAUGCUAGGUCCAGGAAUCCUGCUCGACAGUCGGCCGGGCAGACACAACAUCAAACCGGUAUCGCCCGCUCAUUGCACAUAUACACCCGUCGGCGGACGCCCCUUCAUUCCGCUCAUGGAUGUGGAGAAUUGAAGGCGUGAGUCUCCGACGGCGCCGGAUUCGAAAACCACCGUCUGUUCCCUCUCAACCACUUGGACACAUAUUUUGCAUCUUGCUAGGAUCGUUCGCCAUCGCCUCGCAUUGGGGUUUUCCUCCUCCCUUCCUCAUAUCAUCACUAUCAUUAUUAUCCCUUCCUUCCCCCGUUUAGAGUUCCUUACAUUAAGACCGGUUUUCCUUUUGUCUGUAACAUAUUUGAAAAUGAGCGUGAUAUUAGACAGAGCUUCACGCC